AUGUCCGGCCUCAUCGACAAAGCGAAGCAGGUCCUCCACCACAAGGGCGACAAGGAGCAUGGCAAGCCAAAAGUCCUCUUCGUGCUGACCUCUCACAAAGACAUGGGAACCACCGGCAAACCGACCGGAUGGUAUCUCCCAGAAUUCGCACACCCCUACUACAAGCUUGAAGGCAAAGCCGACAUCGUGAUCGCAUCGCCAAAGGGCGGAGAGGCUCCCUUGGACCCAGCUUCGGUCGAGAUGUUCAAAGAAGAUGCCGAAGCGACCAAGUUCCUGAAAGAGAAGGAGACGCUGUGGAAGCACACGGAGAAGUUGGGAGACUUCCUGGGGAAAGCGGAGGAGUUUGAUGCGAUAUUCUAUGUUGGUGGACAUGGACCGUAAGGAUAGCUCUUUUCUCGAAAGCUUAAAUCAGGAGAGGCUGACUAUAUGCGUGCAGGAUGUUUGACCUCGCGACCGAUGAGAAAUCUCACCAAUUGAUCCGCGAAUUCUACGAAAAGGGCAAGGUCGUUUCAGCGGUCUGCCAUGGUCCAGCAGCUCUGGCUUACGUCAAGCUGGCUGAUGGCACAUACUUGAUCAAGGAUCAAGAAGUCACCGGUUUUACCAAUACGGAGGAAGAUCAAGUUGGUCUGAGUAGCGCUAUGCCUUUCCUGCUGGAAACAGUACUCGAGACCAACGGGGGCAAGGUGGUGAAGACCGAGCCAUGGGGACCCAAGGUGGCCACUGGAAGAGGCGGAAAGCUGAUCACUGGCCAAAACCCAGCAUCUGCUGCGCCGAUUGGCGAAGCCAUCUUGAAGGCUAUCGAGAGCCAUUAA